AUGCAUUACAAGACGCUUUACCACAGCCCAGAGGUAAUUCCAGUAGCCCUGCCUGUUUUUGCUCAGUCAGUACAUUGUCAACAAACGACCGACAGCAAUGGUAAGGCGACAAAACUUCAUUGGACGGGCCAACGGAACUUUUCUGACGCCCCAAGAUACCUUGAACACACCAAGGGCCCAUGGGCAGCGCUCUCGGUUCUUUCAGGAACGCAUGAUUUGUCCGGUCUCCCAAAGGAACAGAGCGUCGUGCCCAUUUGGCCAUCUCCAUGGACCAACAUUUCCGAGAUCUGGUGUUCAAAUCUGCUUUUCAAAGAGGAGCUCUCGGAUGCCUACAGGGUCAAUAGGUCUUUGAUCUUAAAACCAUCUUCCUUCAAUUGUCCGUGUCACGGUGGCUCCAAACUGCCGAACUGGACCAUGUCCAUUCCAAGUGCUGCCAUUGGGCCGAACAAUGCCGAACUUUUCCACGCCCAGGUCCCGAUCAUUGCCCUGAUUGAGUCAACCCUGUACCUGGAACCUGAGAUCACCAUCCGCUUCACAUCCGGUGAUAUACUAGCUCUUGGACCGUCCAGCGAGCCAGGUACCCGAAGCAUUGUUCAACAACUGAAGGAUGCUGGUCGACUUCUCAGCAGUUCUUUUGGGCUCUACAUGGGGAGGCCUGAAUGGAAGCUUCCCAGCAAAAUGGUUCUCGGGGGCUACGACAAGUCCUUGAUCAACGAGGGGUUUAUCAUGUUUAAUGUGAUGGACAAGCCCGAGAGCGUUGGAGAAGGUUAUCUUUUCCGAAAUUUCUUGAAGGACGUCAGGCUGGGUUGUUACGACUGGAAAGGUAAUGUCUUUGACUGGGCCACUACGGAGAGCCCGAACACAAGUGCUGAAGCGUAG